CUUCCGUCGUCAAAAGGGUCUAGAAUCUAGAUCUAGAAUCUAGAUCUAGAGUUAAACUUAGUAUGUUAACAAAUAGUUAUGUUCCUAUCAGUAAGGUAUCGUUCUAACCGCAUCCGUCAAUUUAAAAUAUUGAGUUUUCAGUACAUCAAAGCUUCGCUUUCGUGCUGGAGAACUGAUCUGUUUCGUAAAAACCAAACUUCGCACUUAAACAGAUUUAGAUCUAGAUCUAGUUGCACACCAGAUCAUGUGAUUACCACUAACAUAACUCCUGCGUAUUUGAAAUAUGGUUAUCGGAAGAUGUCAAUGGGGUUUGGUGGCGAUGAAUACGAAUAUAAACUUCAAUUUGAUUUAAAUAACCAAACUAAAAUUUUAAAAGGACCCGACAAAGCAACCGAUGGAGCACGGAUAUCAAGUACAUGUGUUGACAAUAAACUAGUUAGUGUGCAUCAAGAUGUUACUACAAUGUAUGACAGUUUCCAAAGAGGCGUCCGUAUUUCAGGAGACAAGCCUUGCCUGGGCUGGAAACCUUCCCCAGACAAACCCUAUCAAUGGUUAACAUAUAAUGAGGUCAAUGAAAGAGUCACAGCCUUUGGUUCUGGACUGGUUUCUCUUGGUUUAAAGCCUCAAAAUGAGACAAGAGUUGGAUUGUAUGCUCAGAACAGACCUGAGUACACUAUAGCUGAUCAGGGAUUUUACAGGCAUUCAAUGACUGCUGUUCCUUUGUAUGAUUCACUCGGAAUAGAAGCAUGUUACUUUAUUAUAAAUCAAGCUGACCUCUCCACAGUUGUAUGUGACAACAAUGCAAAAGUUACAGCACUACUUGAUAGACGGAAAAAGUUUCCUGUAUUAACACGGAUUAUUUUAAUGGAAAAAAUUACAGAAGAAAAUAAGACGAGAGCAGCUCAUGAUGGAGUUCAUUUAAUACAGUUUGAAGAUGUUGAGAAGUUGGGCAGAGAAAACCCAGUUAAAGCUAAACCCCCCAAACCCAGUGAUUUGUGUAUGGUUUGUUAUACAAGUGGCACAACAGGUACACCUAAAGGAGUAAUGUUAACUCAUGCAAAUAUGAUAGCAUGUAUUUCAGGGAUUUUUCAUUUAUUUGAAAAAUGUGGAAUAAUAUUGAAACAAGAAGAUUCAUUGAUUUCCUACCUACCACUUGCACAUUCCUAUGAAAGGAUCAUUGAGGGUGGUAUCUUGAUAGUAGGUGCUCGUAUUGGAUUUUUCCAAGGUGAUGUCAGAAAAUUAAUGGAUGACAUCAAAGAACUCAAACCUACCCUCUUUCCUACAGUGCCUAGAUUAUUGAAUAGGUUUUAUGAUAAGGUAAUGACUGGUGUGAAUUCCAGCAAUCUCAAGAAAUUCUUGUUUGACCUGGCUGUCAGCAGUAAAACUAGAGAACUGAAACAAGGGGUGAUAAGAAACAACAGCUUGUGGGAUAAAAUUAUUUUCCGAAAGAUCCAAGAAGCCCUCGGUGGUCGUGUGCGUCUCAUAACAACAGGAUCAGCCCCAAUCUCAGAGAAUGUAUUAACUUACUUGAGGUGUAUAAUUGGCUGUCCUAUUCUUGAAGGCUAUGGACAAACAGAAAAUUCAGGUGUAUGUACAUUAACAAUAAUUUGUGACCCAGAUUCUGGCCAUGUUGGACCCCCAUUACCAUGUACCAUGAUUAAGCUAGUAGAUGUUCCAGAAAUGGGUUACCAUUCUAAUAACAACAAAGGAGAGAUAUGUUUAAAGGGAGGCAACAUAUUUGUGGGUUAUUUGAAGAACCCUGUAAAAACCAAAGAAGCUUUAGAUGAAGAUGGCUGGCUUCAUACCGGAGAUAUUGGAGAGUGGACUGCUAAUGGGACAUUGAAAAUAAUAAGCAGAAAGAAAAGUUUACUGAAACUAUCCCAGGGAGAGUUUGUUGCACCAGAAAAGAUAGAAAACAUUCUUAUACAGUUGCCAUACAUUGCUCAAAUUUAUGUACAUGCUGAUAGUUUACAGGCGUUUUUGGUGGGGAUUGUAAUUCCAGACCCAGAAACAUUUCCAGCUUUAUGUAGUAAGCUUGGCUUCAAUGGUAGUAUAAAGGAGCUCAUACACAACAAGGAAGUGAAAAAAACAAUUCUUAAAGAUUUAACAGAUUUUGGAAUAAGGAGUGGUUUAUCACCCCUUGAAAUAGUGAAAGAUAUUCACAUACACCCUGAACUUUUCUCUGUUGAAAAUGAAAUGUUAACUCCCACAUUCAAAACAAAACGGGAGGAUGUUUCUAAAUACUUUGCUAAUGAGAUAAAAGAAAUGUAUGAUCACGCAGAGGACAGUUGCAAAGAAUAAAAAUGAUCAAUAUGUUUAUGAUAUUAAAAAAAUAUUUACAUCAGAAAAACUAUAUUCAUUUAGUCUGAACAUUUUUAUA